AAGCGAGCGGUUGUGUCAAAUUUUAUCAGGAAAUUCUUAGCAGCAGUUUAUUAAUACAUGUUUUAACGUGAACGAAUGCAGACGUGCGAGCAACAACAACUUGAAGAAUCGACGAGAAACAGCAAAGAUACCGCAAACAAAACAGUCGUCUGUGCACUAGAACUGAGAGUUAACAAUAAGCAGAGAGCGAGCGAGAGAGAGAGAGAGAGAGUUUAAAGAGUAACAUUAUCAAAUCAAAUCAAAAAGCCAAGCAAGGCAGGCAACAAGUGCAAAAUGUGGAACCAAACGACGACAGCAGCAACAGGUGAUAAUAACAAGGAAAAGGAAACUGUGGAGGAUUGUAGCUGUGCUGCUGCUGGCAGUGUUGAGCAGCCACCAAAAUCAGAAACUGAAAGUAACAGUAAUAAAUCGAAAACAGCAACAACUACAACAGAACCAGAAUCAUUUGGCGGCAAAAGCAGCGAGCCUAAGCAACAGAACAGCAGCAACAGCAGCAGCGGCGGCGGCGGUGACUGCAGCGACGCCAUUAAUAAGCAAAAAGAAUUUGCAGCACAAAGUGAAACAAUUGACUCUGGUUUUAUCUCUGGCCCGCAAUCGUCACAAAUCUUAAGCGGGGAAAUUAUCGACGAGCCAGAGAGCACGAAUCAGCCAAAGGCAGAGCAGAAGCAGCAGCCGGAGGACAAAGAGCAACAACAGUCAGCGGUGGUGCUCGAUUCGGGCAUUGUAGACGAACUAGAAGAAGAAGAGGGGGAGCAGCAAUCGAAUCCCAUAGCUCAAGCUGGCGCUGAGGAGCCGGCGUCGGGCGAACAAAUGCGCUUCAAAAACAAUGUGGACACAGGCAUAACGCAAUGGACCGUACAGUAUAAUUCGGCCAGCGGAGCUGUAAACAAUCUCAAUGCAACAACUGCCAAUGCGCGUAAGCAAGCAACUUCAACUGGAAAUACUGCAUCAUCAACAACAGCAGCAGCAGCUGUAGCAUCACCAUCAUCGUAUAGCAUCAACAUUAACAUCAUGAACGCCUGGGAGCAAUUCUAUCAACAGAACGACGAUGGCGACACUUCACUGCACUUGGCUUGCAUAUCGGGCUUCGUGGACGUGGUUGCUGCACUCAUACGCAUGGCACCUCAUCCCUGUCUGCUCAACAUACAGAACGAUGUGGCCCAGACUCCACUGCAUUUGGCCGCGCUCACAGCGCAGCCAACUAUACUACGCAUGCUGCUCUUAGCCGGCGCAGAGCCCACUGUGCGCGAUCGUCAUGGCAAUACGCCGCUGCAUUUAUCCUGCAUUUCGGGUGAGAAGCAGUGCGUACGCGCAUUGACCGAAAAAUUCGGCGCCUCGGAGAUACAUGAGGCUCAUCGCCAAUACGGACAUCGCUCCAAUGAUAAAUCUGUUAGCUCCUUGAGCUAUGCCCGACUACCUGCCGAUCUGGAGAUACGCAACUAUGAUGGUGAGCGUUGUGUGCAUUUGGCUGCUGAGGCUGGACACAUUGACAUACUGCGCAUUUUGGUAUCCCAUGGUGCGGAUAUUAAUGCCAGAGAGGGCAAAAGUGGACGCACGCCAUUGCACAUUGCUAUCGAAUACUGCAAUGAGGAUUUGGCAAAUUUCUUGCUGGACGAAUGCGAGAAACUGAAUCUGGAAACGGCCACCUAUGCGGGAUUAACGGCUUAUCAAGUGGCCAGCAUACUGAAUAAAUCGCAUAUGCAAAACAUACUUGAGAAACGUGGCGCUGAAACAUUAACGCCGCCCGAUAGUGAUUAUGACAGUAGCGAUAUUGAAGAUCUAGACGAUACGAAGAUGUACGAUCGCUUCGGUGAUCCGCGUUACUUUGUCAGCUAUAACGGCGGUAAUCCUAUGACAGUUGCUUGAAAUUGCCUAAACACUUGUACAUAAUUUAUCCAUAACAUACCUGAUAAAUGCAGUGUAAGCUAUCAAUGCUAUAUAUUCCAUGCAAGCAAAUCCAUAAUUGUUGCUGCUUUUGACACAAGUUCCACAACCAAGCUGAUGAGAUAUACUAUAUAUGAACUAAGCCCAACACAUUUCUAAACCGCAUGCAUUAUAUUAUAUUUUAUAAUUUAACAAAAACAGGAAUAAAGCAUACAAGGUUGCAGCAUGGCAAGCAUUUUAUUUAAACAUA